GUAGACAAAACAAAACGCACUUCCAUUUCUCACUCACAUCCAUCUCGCCGUCUUUAAAUGCCCUGGUCGAUCGCGGCAAGCUGUUGUGGGAAGAAGAAACAAAAAAAAAAAAAUAUGGGGAUUCCAUCAGAGAUGAAGGAUUUCUGGGUGAACAGCCGGAGGAUGAAUUCGUUCCUGAUCGCUUCUCCAGCUGAAGAACGGAGGAUUCAAGCCGCUCGGAAUUGCACUCAAGAGGGUGUCCGUGCUGGAGCGAGGGCAGCUGCUAUCGCCUGCGUUGCCACCGCCGUGCCUACGUUGGUCGUUUGUCGAGUGGCUCCUUGGGCAAAGGCGAACCUCAAUUAUACUGCACAGGCACUCAUCAUAUCAGCAGCUUCAAUUGCUGCAUACUUCAUCACUGCUGAUAAAACAAUCCUAGAGUGUGCAAGGAGAAAUACACAUUACGACAAAACAACCUGAGAGCAAGACAACUCAAGAGGUGAUGAUUUGUUAGCCCCUGGUGCUAGCGUUGGACAAAAGACGGUGCAACUUGUUCUUUGUAAGCUCAGGAGUGUCUCUUGUACAUACUGGGAGUGUUUUCUUUUGGCCAGACUGAAAUAACAUAUCGCAGCUGCACUUACGAGGGAAAGAAGCAUUUUUUGGGUGAUUGAUGCGCAGUGAAAUUCUGUGCGAAGUUGAUUUUGCACUCCAAAAAGCUCAUUUUUACACAUGGAAGUUAUUCUCACUCUCUCUC